AUGGCACUGAAAUUGUUACGUCAACUAUAUUCCCUCGACACUCUUGACACGCGCUUCGUUGUGCCAGCGACCGCACCUCCGAAGGAGGCGCUUGAGGAAGCCAAACUCGAUCCUGCAGGGCCUGUACCGGUUCAGACGGGAAAUGGAAAGAGUAGGAACACGGGAGAUAAUGUACAACCGCCACUAUGGAAUACUCCAGAGUAUUACUUCUACUACGUGUCCAUUGCGCUGAGUGUCUUCUUCAUGUUCAAAUUGGUACUUGAUGUAUCCAAAGCAUCCCACCCAAACUAUCCAAAGUUCGAACAUUUGCUAUCCGACGGUUGGCUGACUCUCCAGGACAACACCGAUGCUCAAUACAGCGGCUUCCGCCAAAACAUUCCCUAUCUCUUCAUUGUUGUACUACUUCAUCCUGUCAUACGUAAAGGUUAUGACAUGUUCUGGAGAGCGGACACGUAUACUCAAGUUCGAGCUCCAGCAGGAAAUGGAGGCCUUACCAUGGGUCUGACGCCCUCCGCAGCUGCCGAUGCUCGUAUGAACCAGCGCAUCUCAUUCGAUCUUGGCUUCUCUGCUAUCUUCCUGGCUGCCUUACAUGGCUUUUCCGCGUUCAAGAUUCUAGUAAUCUUGUACUCCAACUACUGCAUUGGAACCAAACUUCCGCGGCCCUAUGUCCCAGCGGCAACAUGGAUCUUCAACGUUGGCACACUCUUCGCCAACGAAUUUGCGCAAGGAUACUCAUAUGCUGCAAUACUCGGUGCCUUCCUCCCUUCAACCGUCUCGGAAAAGGGCACGGCAACAAGCUCGACCAUCGGCCACACGCUCGACAACUAUGGUGGCCUGAUUCCCCGCUGGGAAGUUCUCUUCAACUUCACCAUCCUCCGUCUCAUCAGCUUUAACCUCGACUAUUACUGGUCACUGAACUCGCGAUCCAGUAGUAGUCCCCUAGAAAAGAAACAACUCGACCCCUCCAACCUCUCAGAACGCGACCGUGUGACCAUCCCAGCCAAACCAACAGACUACACCUUCCGCAACUACUUUGCCUACGCCACCUACUCCCCCCUGUACCUUGCUGGUCCCAUCAUAACCUUCAACGACUACAUAUCACAAUGCCGGUACCGCCCUUAUAGCAUCACCACCAAGCGCACAACCCUCUACCUCAUCCGCUUCAUCGUCGUGCUGCUCACCAUGGAAAUCAUGAUCCACUACAUGUAUAUGGUAGCCAUUUUCCACGCUAAACCAGACUGGUCUGUGUACACGCCUAGCCAGCUCAGUAUGCUGGGUUUCUUCAACUUGAAACACAUCUGGCUUAAACUACUCAUUCCAUGGCGCUUCUUCCGCCUCUGGUCGCUGCUCGAUGGUAUUGAUCCGCCGGAGAAUAUGGUCAGGUGCAUGAGCGAUAAUUAUAGCGUUAUGCACUUUUGGCGCGGUUGGCACCGCAGCUUCAACAAGUGGAGUUUGAGAUACCUCUACAUUCCCCUCGGAGGCAGUAAAGGCGAGGGGCUGACUGGUAAGGCCCGCGCUGUGGGGAAUUAUCUCGCUGUUUUUACCUUUAUCGCUAUCUGGCACGAUAUCCAACUUAGACUGCUCAUGUGGGGGUGGUUGGUCACGCUGUUUGUUCUACCAGAAAUCAUUGCUUCCUACAUCUUUCCAGCGAAAAAGUGGAAGGAUAGUCCUGAUGCGUAUCGCUGGCUCUGUGGCGUCGGGGCUGUCGGCGAGAUUCUCAUGCUGAUGACGGCGAAUCUCGUUGGCUUUGCGCUGGGCGUGGAUGGCCUCAAGGAUCUGGUAAAGGGUAUUGUGGGAUCUUGGUCCGGGUGGAUGUUUCUGGGUACCGCGUGUGGCGCGUUAUUUACAGGUGUGCAGUUCAUGUUUGAGUGGCGCGAGAGCGAGAAGAGGAGGGGGAUUAAGAUGAAGUGUUGA